AAGGAGCUUCAUGUAAUGAUCGCAUGCCCCCAUUUUAGUGGAAUUGUGGAAAUAUUUGUUUCAGAAGUUUACUUUUUAAUUAUAUUUCUUCCACCUGCUUUACUAUCGCUGUGGUGAAGGGAAGUGCAUAUAGCCAUGGCUGCGCUUUGACGGAACUGCAAUGUUUUGAAUGUCAGAAUUCUGGUCUACUCGUGAAAAUCAAUCGGUUCUAGAAAAUACCGCUAAAGUUCAGUGUGGCUCCACAGUAAGACAUCGUGGGAAUCUCGAUUCGAAAACUCAUCGCCUACAUUUAGGCUUAUUGCUGAACAUUUACAUUUGCAUUACACUUGAUGACUUCAUUGCGGAUUCACAGUGAAAACGUUAUAGGAAUCAACCGUCUGAGAGGGGCAGAGGAUGCUUUCUGUGUCAGACCCAGAGUGACAUUUUAGGGGAGGAAGGGGUCUGUUGUAACACUGUCAUUUUCUUAAUUUCUCAGACUGAAGUAGACUUAUUAUAUCUAUAUAUUUUUCUGUAUUUCUGGUUUUUUUCUUUGGCAAGCCUAGGAAUCUAGUAUUAUUUAGUUAAUAUGGGUUGUCUGUGCAGUAAAGACCAACGUAUUGAGAAGGCACCUAAAGAAUCAAACAAAAGGAUUGAUAAACAGCUACAAGAAGACAAGCAUAAUAACCAAAUAACUUGCCAGCGCCAGUUACUAAUGUUAGGAGCUGCUGAAUCUGGGAAAAGCACGAUAGUAAAUCAGAUGCGAUAUUUACAUGUGGAACUUACUGCAGAGGAGAAAAUGCAUUUUAUACAAAACAACAGUAAAAAGGCUUCAGGGACGUCUGAGACAUUUUUCGUGGUGGACGGUAUCAAUUUUCAUUUAUCUAAUGUUAGAGGUCAGAAGUACGAAAGCGGAAAGUGGAUGCAGUGUUUUGCUGAUGUGUGGGAUGUUAUUUUUGUGGUGGACAGCAGCAGCUAUGACAUGGUGAAGCAUGAAGACAGCCAGACCAACCAGCUGCAGGAGGCACUAAACCACUUCAAGAUCAUCUGGAACAACAGGUGGCUAAGGACCCUUCCUGUCUGGGUCUUACUGAACAAACAGGACCUUCUAGCAGAGAAGGUUUUGGCGGGAAAAUCAAAAAUGGACGAGUAUUUCCCAGAGUUUGCACACUACACUAUGCCGGAAUAUACAACAGCAGUACCAGGGGAGGACCCUCGAGUCACCAGGGCAAAGUACUUCAUACAUGACGAGUUUCUGAAGAUCAGUACAGCAGGCCAAAAAGACGAAACUGACUAUUGUCAUCUGGUUUUCAUCUGUGCAGUCGACACGGAAAACAUCCUGCUCUUCUUCAAAGUCUUGAGAGAUAGCCAGUUUGGUAGAUUUUCGACACUGAGACACAUAUUUUUCACCAACUGAGACAAAUGUCAACGAUUUGAUUACUUGAGACUUAAUUACUUGGCAUAAAAUAAAAUAACUUGAGAUUUGACUUUGACCGCAUUCCAGCCAACUACAUUGCAGUUGCCAGAUCUCACAAUGCCUGGAUAGGUGUUGAACAUAUCCACUAACCACAUCAUAUAAUAUAGCACUCUGACUGCGCAGUUCAUGACUGCAAUGUAUUCGGCCUGGAACGUGGCCUACGACUUGGUGACUCCACUGACAUGAGAGACUGAUGAGUUAAAAUACUUUUGUACUGUUUUGUUACUCACUGUGGCAUAUAGUUUUCUGAAAUAGAACCGCAAACCAAGCCUAUUUGAGUAAUCAGA